UCGGCUAGGGAUUUCUGUUCAUCAAUUCAGGAAUUGAGGGUUUGAAACAAUGUCAGAUUUUCCAUGCUUUCAGAUUGCACAGCCUCUAAGUCUAGAGCAUUUGAAUGAGCCUUUAGAGGUUAUUGAUUAUGAUUCAGUUUUUGACGAUGAUUUUUAUUCUCAGCUCGCUCAGAUUGAGCCGGUUCCUGAGAAACCCAUCCAAUGCAAUCCGGCAUCCAUGGGGCCUUUACUAGUCGAGAAAUUACCGAGCGAUGCGUGGGACAAGUGGUGCAAGGACGGUGUUGUGUGCUUCGCUAUGGGAGGAAACGACAUACUGAAGGUCUACUUCGCGGAUCCAAGGGGUGCCUCGGUCUACCACGUUACUGAUUUCGAUUUCGUGAAAUUCCACGUCCCGCGAUUUGAUAACAAGGUCGGUUGCACCCUGUCGGGGUCCAAGCUCUACAUGAUCGGCGGCCGCCCCCGUUAUCGUGAUGGUUUCACCGACGUCUACUUUUGCGAUGUGGCAACUCAGCCGCAGCUGCCCGAUGGAGGUUAUGAAUGGAAGCCUGGUCCUGCUCUGAAUAGUUACAAGCCUCAGCCUUUCGUUUUCUCUCUUGCGGGUAACAUCUACGUGCUUUCCACAGGCGUUGAAGGCCGUAAAUCUUCUUCCCCUUUCGAGGUCCUGAAAUCUAAUAGCAGCAGCUGGGAAGUGCUCCCUCCUCCUCCGUCUGCUUUAUGGAGUCAAAAAUACUGCAUAGUCAGGUCCUCUAUCAUUGAUGGUAAGAAGAUCGUUGUGCGUGGCAUGGAUUAUAUCUUUUAUAUUUAUGAUGCCGCGGACAAUCAAUGGACCACAAUGCAAUAUACCCAUGGUCAUCUCCUUAAUUGGACCGGUGACUACUGCCUCCAUGUACAGGACAAUGGUUUCUUGGUAACCGGACCAGGCCAUCCUUUUGUUAUUAAUUUUGGGUCUCAAUCUUUUGAAACCUUUCCAGUAGAUGCUCCAAAUUCUGAAGAGUAUUCUAAGGCACAUGAUUUAGAUAAAGAUUUUCAAACCUGUCAAUGGAAUUUAUUCCAUUUAAAGGACAAAAAGUUCUUUUUCGUUGUCUUAUGCGCUGAUUAUAUAAAUUAUAAAUCUUAUGCCCGGCUUGGCACUUUUGAUAUGGUUGAUGACUUUGGAUCUGACGUGUCCAAGCAUUCAAAGAUGGCUGGAUACGGCAAUGAAUCUGAUGCCAAGCGUUUCAAGAUGGCUGGAUACAGUGUUACUAAUUUGAAAUUCAAGUGUAUUGAUUUAGCAGAUGGUGUACGUUUACUGCCUUAUAUAGUCUCCUGUAAAAUAGGGGCGUUUUCUUUAUGCUGAAUUGUUGUCACUGACUGGAACAGCGAGAUUGAGCUUGCUAGUAAAGUUGAAUGAGUUGCAACUUUGUUCCUGCUUCUUAGCUGGAGGCUACACUUGCGAAGUGGGCAGAUCUUUUGGAGUUGUGUUCCUGGAACGUGACUGGGUUUAUCUGCAGUAUCUAGUAAGAGGUACGACAUGUCUUGUAACCAAAAAGAAGAUGUAGGACAUAGCAACUGUCUUCCGUUUCUGUGUACAUGCCCUCUAAUUGUGUUUUAAGUGCUGUGCUGUGUUAUGUUUCUGAUGGGGAUGUGGUUUAUGAACUGCUUUUUCAGUUCUUUGGGUUUGGAUCUCUGGUUACUUUGUUCAUGAUGUCCUGGUGCUUGCUUUUUGGGCUCUCAGCUGGAGCCUGGUAAUGUAUGUAGGUUGUUUAUUUUGGUUCAAGUGCUAUUGAUAAACGAUGUAGGCAAAGCACAAUCUGACUUUGUAACUAAAAAAAAUGUUGGAUUUGGUUGAAACCUGAUUCAAGUUCUGUUAGCAAUUGCUUUUAAUAGAAUUUGGUAUUGAAUGUUUGAACUUA